GUUGCGGUUAAGGAUGAAGUCUUGAAUAUAGCUCGUUCUGCAUUACCUUUAUCAAUAACUUUCUUCUUUGAAUACUUGUUGGCUGUCAAUUCAUUAUUUCUUAUCGGUCAUUUGGGUAGUAAAGAAUUGGGUUCUGCAAGUUUAGCUGUUGUUACUUUUAACAUUACAGGUAUGGCUGUCUUUGAAGGUAUGGCUACCUCACUAGACACAUUCUGCUCGCAGGCUUUUGGAGCUAGAAAAUAUUAUAAAGUCGGUUUAUAUUUCCAGAGAUGUUCUGUUAUGAUUUUCACCUUGUCAAUCCCAAUUUUAAUGAUUUGGUGGUGGUCUAAACCAAUUCUGAGCUAUGUUGUUAAGGAGGAGGAGUUAUUAGAUCUUACUCAGAUUUAUCUUAGAAUUUUGUGUUUUGGUGCACCAGGUUUAAUUGCAUUUGAAACUGGGAAAAGAUUUUUACAAGCUCAACGAAUUUUCCAUGCUUCAACUUAUGUUUUAUUUAUUUGCUUACCUUUAAAUAUUGUCAUGAACUAUUUCUUUAUCAAACUUUGGGGAUUCAUUGGUGCGCCAAUUGCAAUUGUGGUUACUUAUUGGUUAAUGGCUGUAUUAUUAUUAGGCUAUGUUGUAUUUGUCGACGGACAACAAUGUUGGAAUGGGUUAUCGAAAAGAGCAUUAAGACAUUGGAAACCAAUGUUAAAACUUGCUCUCCCAGGUUUGGUCAUGAUUGAAUCUGAAUAUUUAUCAUUUGAAAUCUUAACUAUAAUGGCUAGUUAUUUUGGUACUGAUUCAUUAGCUGCACAAUCUAUCAUUUCCAACAUUGGUUCUCUUUGGUAUCAAUUUCCAUUUGCUAUUGGUUGUGCUAUCUCAACAAGAGUGGCUAUUUAUGUUGGUAGUGGCUCACAAAGAUCUUCAAGAGUUAGUGUUAGAAUUGCAUUUGCAGUUGCUGCAUUCACCUCUUUGUUCUCUUUCUUGUUGUUGAUCUUCUUUAAACGUCCAUUAACAUUAAUGUUCACAUCUGAUCCACAUGUUGUUGAACUUUCAGUGAAAUCUAUGCCAAUUCUAGCUAUAAAUCAAUUGGGUGAUACGUUCAAUAUUAUUUCAGCAGGAAUUUUAAGAAGUCAAGGUAGACAAACCAUUGGUUCUUAUUUGAACGUUUUUGCAUAUUAUGUUGUUGCAUUACCUGUUUCUUACUUGUUAGCUUUCCAUUACAAAUUUGAGAUUACAGGUUUAUGGUUAGGUUUGACUGUUGGUGUUACAAUCUUGGGUAUAAGUGAAACCAUCUGUGUUAUAAAGUCAAAUUGGAACCAAAUUAUAAAAGAAGCAUUAGAGAGAAAUGAA